AGCACCGCCGCUGUCCUCCAAAGUAUAACCACAUUACUAGUUCCUUAUAAGCUCCGUGUUUUGGUCCUUGUAGUCAGAACAGCCACCCUCGACGCGACUGUAAAAUCAUUCAUUGGCCAACAAAGGUGUGCAGUGUGUAUGCGGGAUACUGGACACGCUACUGCUCCAAUCCUUUCUUGCAAAAGAUCUUCCCCACCCCCUCUCCCUCAGCAAGCCUGCGGGUGUUUGGGUGAAGCCAAUAUGAGCGAAAUUUGUCCUUCUAAAAAGGGUCUAUGGGAUUUCAGAUGACAAAACCAAAGCUCAGCCCCCUUUUUCUUUAUUGAGUCAAUGAAGAAGAUGAAGAGUGAAUUACAUGAAGACACCUGAGACAAGGACAGUAAAUGUACAAGGUUAUUAAGAAGCAGCUUGAAAUCCAAGGAGAGAAGUUACAGUGGCCAAUUCCAGGAUCAAAAGAGAGAUUAUUUGCUGAGUGACCAGCACUUGCACCAUCAGAAGUUCUCAAGAAAAGCAAAUGAGAGGGGCCAAAAAUGUACCAAAAAAAGAAGUCAGCAAAAGAUGAAGGGAGAUCACACAAAAGAACAAGUCAGUCAAGGAGAAACAAAGUUAUAGAAAAGACAAUUCAUCAUCCAAACAAGAAAAAGAGAGCCACACAAUCUCACAGUGAGAAGCCUGUCAAGACACUCAGCAUCUGUUCUGCAAGGAAAAAGAACUCCCAUGAGGCUGAAGGUCUUAGUUUUACCCCACAUGAUGCCAAAAAGCAGGAAAAGUCUGACACACUGGAAACCUGUAAAGGCUGCAACACACCUCUAGUGUCUGAUAGCAGCCUAGAUUGUGAGCCACAGGCAACUUGCCUGGACAGAAACAUGGUGAACACUGGAGUCACAAAGAAUGAUUGUAUUAAGGAGGAAAAAACAAAAGUUGAAACAGGUACCAGAAAAUUGGAAGUAGAUAAUAAAGACAUUAAAGUAAAUUGUGAAAAACUGAAGCUGACUGGCAAGGAACCUAAAGUAAAGGAGGAAUUGGAACUAAAUAAUCAAAAUAUCUCUUCUGAGGAAGACCAGCCUAGAACUGCACUGCUAGAACACCUUCAAGGCACCUCACAAAGCAGAAGUAAAGCAGUACACUUUCACCAAGGACACAAAUUUGCAGAUAUUAAAAAAAAAGAAGAAUGUGACAACAUUAAACAUGAAAGCAGUCCAAAAUGUGUCCAUCAAGUUGGCCAGGAAGAUGUUGCCAAUACCAGUCAGACAGAAGAUAAAUGUAAGGCAUGUAAGAAUACCAUCAAAGAGGAGAGCAAACCCACUAAAGCAAAUGAUGGUGAGAAGAGAAAUGGCUCCAGGGAAAGCAAAAAUAUUAAAGACACAGAUUCAAGUCAAAUCCUAGAUAUUAAGGGUAACAAGAGGCCAUUGGAAGCAGUGGAGGAAUGUGCCAAGAAGAGGAGGAAGGAAUCAGCAGUAGGGCUUGGUAGUAGUGAACACAAGAACAAGGAAGAAAUAGACGAUGAUGAGAGCCUGGAAGAUGGAGAAAUAAAGGAAGACAGUAAAGUGGAAGAGAGUGAUGGUGAAGUUGAACCGCACAAAACAAAAGAAACAAAAACACCUAAAAGUAUUGGCAAAGAAUCUGCAUUAAGAGAGGUGAAGAGAUACAGCAAGGUGGUGGUGGUGGGGGAUGCUCGCAUGACCCUCCUUGCCACUAGUGACAUCAAGGAGCAGCUGCAUGAGGUCACACAGGUCAUUGUGGUCCCAAACCUCACCUUGAGUGGCAUCUUGGAGGUGGUGCAGAGAGAGGUGGUGAAGGAAGUGUGUCCUCGAGGCAUCCUUCUGUUGUGCCUAGCAGGGGUGCUUGGCACUCUGGUAGAGUGCCAGGUGCCAAAGGAGUGCAGGACUGCAGGACACUCAGACAUGCAUGAGAUGGUUCCUGCCACAAAGGGCAACUUCCUGGACCCUGAGUUCCCUAAGCAACUGGCCAGCCUGAAGAGAAAGCUUCAAGACACACUGGGAAGGGGCUCUAGUGUGCUGUUCUUUCCUGUCCUGCCAGUUGACAUGACCAACUUUAAUGAAAUAGCAGCAAAGCAUCACUUUGAUGCCACUGGACAUAAACUUGAGCACCUCUCUCAAUCUGGCAGCCUCCACUAUCAGCUGCUACAACAGUAUAAGAAAGCUGUCGAAGAGGUCAACGGUUCAUCUGUCACAUACAGACUUGUGCGUUUUGAGUUUGGUUCCAGAGGAUUUUGUAGGAAGUUUACUGAUGAGCUUCUUCAGGAUGGAUUCAGCCCCACACUAGACCUGGUGGAAAGGUACAUUGUUCCACAGCUGCAGCAUGUCAUCAACAUGUCCAACUCCCUCAGGUUCCAGCAGGUGGCAUUGGUGGGAAAUGCAUGUCUGGCUCAGGUGGUCAAGAUGCAACAGCAGAAGGGUGUGGAGCCAUGCUCUUUCAUCCUUCAGGAGGAGCCAGGGCUUAGAAGCCUCACCCCUGACAGCCCUGCAGUAAAGUGGCUCUCAGGGAUGUGCAAUGCUUUGAUCUUCCUCUCUGUCACCCUCAAGGACCUUGUCACCCUUAAAGGAGAAUCUGAUAGAGAGAAGACACACUGCUUCCUCCCUCAUGAUCCUUCUAAGGCAUUUGACAACUUCUUGCAGGAGGCACUGAGGGUGGACCAGAUGCUGUGCUCACUAACACACCACUGUACUAUCAUCACCACCCCUGUGAUACCAUUGAUUCACCAGAUCCUCAUGAAGGACAUGGCAAGGAAGACAUUCUGUGACAAGUGUACUAAGACAGCAAAAUUAGUGACUGUUGCAAUUGAACAGGUCAGUAAGAUGUUGAACCAAAAGAAUGGUCUGCCGGUGUGGAACCUUAACUAUGCACUACAGAAGAACAAAGAUGUCCACAGCAGCUCUCACCAGAGCUCCAGCCUCAAUUCCAAGGUGGUACAGAAGGCAGCAAGCACUUGGGAGUGCUUCCUCAACUGCUCUCAGGCAUGUAUUAGAGUAAUGCCAAAGGUCACCAUUACCUCUGUCCUCCAGGACCACAAAUUGCUAUCAUCCCUGCUACCUAAUGCCAGAGAGAUCUCUAGGACCCACUGUAAUAAAAAGGAAACCCAGAGUAGUCACAGCAGACACAGGACACAGACCCAAAGUAAUCACAGCAGAAAUGAGCAGACUCACAACAGAAGCUCCAGAGAGAGGAAACAGACUCACAACAGCAGUAGUAGAAACAAGGAGCAUAUUCAUAAUGGCAGCAGCAUAGACAGGGCACAGACUCAGAGAAGCUGCAGCAUAGAUAGGAAGCAAAAGAGUGCUUCAGCCUGUUCUGCUUUGAGCAACAGCACUUCCUGUAUCUUUUCUCCAGUCCAGGAGGAGCACAUCAUCUAUGAUGUUAAUAACCACUCCUCUAAGUGUGUCAGUGACCAAUACUACACGUACAUGGAGAGCAGUCCACCAUCAUCUCCAGACUUAUCCAGCCACAAUAAUUUCAUGUACUCAUCCCAUGUUGGGCCUUCACAAACAAGAAAAGAGGAACAGAACAUUGGGUCUCUGAGCCUGACACUUACUGAACCUCAGGAGAACACUGAACCCCUGAACCUGAUUUCUUCUGAACUUCAGAAGCAUUUCAUUACAGAUCUGACUUCACUUAGCAGCCAUGAGAGGCCAGCAGUUAGGGGUAUCAAAGACAAUUCAUCAAGCCCUCAAGAACUUUGCCAUGCACAACAAGUUAUGCCAUCAAUUUCCUCUUGCCAGAAGGAAAGCUACCCACACUCUGAGAGCAUGGAGAUAGAGUUCUCCAGUUGCACACACUCCAAUUCUGAUUCAUGUGGUGACCAAGACAGAAGCAGGGAAAGAAAUAGGAAGAGCAUAAAAGAAAACAUUAAGCCUAGAAACCAAAGUACAAGAAAAAGUGGUGAUGGGAGUAACAUCAAGAGUAGAGGCAGGAGUUUUAGUCUAAAGGAGAGACCAUAUGGAAGGAAUCCUAGAAUUGCCUCCUCUGCCAAGCUGUGUCUCAGUCCUAAGAGGAAACCUACAUACAGACAGUCCCUCAGCAGGUCUUUAUCACCACUCUGGUGCAGAUAUGAAUCAUUUUCAGAGGACAAAAAAUACAUUUCUGGAGAUAGGAGAUUCACAUCAAGAGAUAUAAGAUCUGCAUCCAGAAGUAGGAGGUCUGUUUCUAGAAACAAAAGAUCCAUUUCCACAGGCAGGAGGUCCAACUCCAAAGGAAGAAGAUCCAUUUCCAGAAACAGAUCAGUAUCCAGAGGCAGAUCUAUGUCUUGGGAAAGAUCCAUCUCAUGGGACAAAAUCUGUAUUCCCAGAAGGAGAAGCUCUAUCUUGAGGGGUAGGAGAUCCUUACCCAGAAGUAAGAGAUUCAUCUCUAAGAGUAAAAGAUCUAUUUCCAGAAGUAGGUUAGCUGUCUUGAGGAGCGAAAGAUCCUUUUCCAGAAGCAGAUCUAUUUCCAGAAGUGAGAGAUCCAUCUCAAGGGAGAAAAGAUCCAGUUCCAAAAGUAAAAGAUCUGUUUCUAAGGAUUGGAGAUCCAUUUCCAGAAGAUUAAUUCAUAAGAGUAAAAGAUCCAUUUCCAGAAGUAGAUAUAUUUCAAGAGGCAAAAAAAUUAGUUCCAGAAGCAGAUCUAUUUCCAGAAGUGGGACAUCUAUCUCAAGAGACAAAAGAUCCAGCUCCAGAAGUAGAAAGUCUACUUCCAGAGAUGGACCAUAUCUCUCAGGGGACAGAAUGUCAAUUCUCAGAAGCAGAAAAUCCUUUUCAGUGAAAAGAAGAUCAAUUCCUAGAGGAAAAAUGUCUUUUUCUAAAAGCAGAAAAUCCACUUCCAGAGGGAGAAGGUCCUUAUCUUCAAAUGAGUCUGUCUCAAGAUUUAUUGAAAAGCGCAAGAGAUCUCUUUCCAGCAGUAGGUCUGUUUCCAAGGACAAGACUUCUAGAAGAUACAUUUCUAGAAACAGAAGAUCUAUAUCAAGGAGCAGGAGAUGCAUUUCCAAAAAUAAGAGGUCUUUGUCAAGGAGUAGAUCCUUUUCCAGAGGCAGGCAAUCUAUUUCAAGGGAAAGAAUACCUAUCUCCAGAAACAGAAGAUCUAUAUCUAGGAGCAGCAGAUCCAUCUCAAGAGGCAAGAAGUCUGUGUUGAGAGACAGGAGAAACAGAAGCAACAUCUUAGUGGUGCAUAAUUCAGUCAGAUUGGCUGGCCACAUGCAAUCAGCAAAGCAGGAGAAUACAAGCAAAAAAAGAGUGAAGGAAGCCUUGGGAACCCUAUGGUCCAUCCAUGAGAAGGAAUGUGAGAUGUACCGUUCCAACCCCAGCAUCCACCCAGACAUUGGUGUAGAAUAUCGUCUUUUUUGUGACAAGAAGACCCAGAGCAUCCUAGCCCUGGGAGGAGACCCAACAUUGUACAACAUGGCACAUGACUGGCAUUCAUUCUGGAAGAAACGCAUAGAAGAGAUCUUUAUUGAGUCAUGGAGAUUAAAGAGGAAGCAAUGUCUUGCAUUGUUGGAUGCCAACCAGAAGCCACCUUCCCCUCAGCCAUCCUCCAGGACCCAUCACUCUUACUCCAUCUCCUCCUCCUCUUCCUGUUCCUCUUCCUUUUCCUCCUUCUCUACCUCUUCUUCUUCAUCUUUCUUUUCUUCUAGUUCUAGCUCAAGCUCAGGUGUUCAGCAGAGGAAAACAUCAAAGAAGACAUGGAAAAACAGAUUUUCACAGGGUAGUAAGAGGAUGAGAAAGAAGCAUGAGACAAAAACACUAUUCACUGAAACCAAUCCAAGAGGCAAAAAAGUAAGAACUUCAAGUGUGAGUCACAGAUAUGAGGAGAGGCACCCAUCAGACUAUUCAGGAAGCACUUUGCCUGGGAGUGAAAGCUCUGAGGAGGAUUGGGAAGUGAAGGACUGUCUUAUAAGAAAAGUGGCAGACAUAUCGAGAGAAACAAAGAAAAAGAAACAGGUAAAGAAACUCGUUGACAGACUGCCCUACAGUUCUCCAUGUGUGAUACAACCUAGGAACAAAGGACAAAACCAGAACAUAGGAAAGAGUUGCAAAAAAACAAAUAGGAACCCACCUAGCCCUCCACAAAUAUCAAGAAUGGACCAGCAAGAGUUGUAUGACAAAAACAAACAGUGGCUUAUUGAGAGACUCCUCAACAGUUUUCCAUGCCAGACCACAGAGAAAAGUUGCAAAAAAAUUAAUAGAAACCCACUGAACCCUCCACAAAUAUCAGGAAUGAACCAGCAAAGGUUGGAUGAUAAGCACAAAGAAAGGGUCACUGAGACAUUGUCUAAUAGUUCUCCAUGUGCAGUACAACUUAGCAGGGAAGGACUGAGCCAAAGCACUAAAAAGAGUUGCAAGAAAAUAAAUAGGGAACCACCUAGCCCACCACACAUAUCAAGAAUGAGCCAACAAGAGUUGUAUGACAAACACAAGCAGUGGUGUCUUCCCAGUCCACCAAACCAGUCAACCAUUCAUGGUGAGUCUCAGCAGUAUACUUUUAAGCACAACAUCAUAGACCAUAUUUCCAUAGACAAACAAUCUCCCACUUCUACCAUCACAACAGAAGAGGCUAAGUUGGAGCAGCCAGGACAGCAAAGAGUGAAAUCUCACAUUUCAGUACUGGAUCAUUGGCUCCAUCUGUCCAGCCAAGAAUGUAUCACUGUGAGUAGUGGGAGGCCAGAGAUAGCAAUAAGUGAAGCCCAAGAAAAGCAGGAUUCACAUAAACACUCGGACCCAAAUAUGGUAAAAGAGAACAGGAAGAAAACUUUCACUGACCUGCCAAAUUGGUACAAUGAGUCCUCAGGAUGUCAGAAAAAAAAUGCCUUAUUUACCAGUAGCCAGGGGGACCCAUCAUACCGGAGUACUCUUAAAUUGAACACCAUGCUGCCAAUAAGCCAAAUGACCAAUAAUGCUGCUUCCAGCCAAGCCAAGGAAUUCUACAUUCACUACAAUGGGAAUUACACAGAGAGUGAACCAGGGGAAAGCCAUACUACCCUUACUGAGGACCAGAACAGCUCUGAGACCAUUACACAUAUCUUCAAGAACUUUCCAGCAAACACACACACUAAACCCAGCACUGUUGAGAGCACUACACAAGAUCAUGAGGAUAAGAUGUCCUCCACUACAGCCUCAAAUGAAAGCAUCAAAAUAGAUGUGAUAGAUGUACUGAAGGUCUUAUUACUCCUUGAAGAUCAGAUAGGUGCUAUUUGUGCCCCACUUAAGCAAAUUCUUGUGGUAGCAAAGGAUCUUCAGUCAAGUGGCACAAACCCAUUGAUCAUCUUGAAUGACAAAGAUAAUAAAAUGCUACUACAAAUAAUACAGGAAAAGCUGCAGAGUCUUCUGAGGGAAAGUAAACUAAGUAUUAUCAAGAAGGUCAUUAUGGAGGAAGCAAAGCAGCAGCUAGCAAUGUUGUUAGAGCAUCAAGAGCCACAUAAGCUUUUUAGUGGCCUUAAUGUAACACAGUUGGCAUCCCAUUGCCUCAACAUGGAUGUCAUUGCCACCCUGACCUACAUCUGUGAAGUGCUCCAGACUCAGGGUCGCACACAUGUACCACAGGAACAGCUGGUAAAUCUGUACAAGUCUGUUGAGGCAGAAAAGCUCACCUUAAGAGGAAGCUGCUGCAACAACAGGACAAGCACUGCCACUAACUGGACAGAGUCCUCGUGCCUGCAACUUUUAGGAGAUAGUAUGAAUCCUGAUUCAUCUGUAUUGAAAGUUGCUUUUGUAGGGCAUGAAGAAAUACCAACACACUUUGCAUUAGAUGGCUGUGAAGUAAAGAUUUAUAGAGCACCAGGAGGUACAGCUAGAAAUUUUUUAAGUGAUCCAAGAAUGAACAAGAUUCUUCAGUGGACUCAUGAUUUAACUAUUUUAUUUUUAGGCAGUAAUGAUAUCCAUCAAGGCUGUGAAGCAGUCUUUAUUGCAGACAAGAUUACACAAGUAGCAGAUUUGAUCACACAGACUUGUAACUCAAAAAUAGCCAUCACACUAAUUGAACCUUGGAAAAAUCAUAAUAGUAAAUGGGUCUCAGAGGAGUUCUACUAUAUGGUUUCCAAAGCUAUAAAUGAAAAAUUGGAAACAAAUAUGAAAGAACAGUUUUUCAUAAAUCUGUCAACAAAACUGUACAGUGCUGACAUGCAAAAAUAUGGAAAACAUUGGAAUGAUGAAUGGAGAACUUUUAAGGAGCAUGAAUUUCAGGACAUUAUUCUUAAAUUCAAACAAUUACAUGAGGUAAUUCGGUCUGUAAUUGGAUCUGGAGAAAAAUCAUGAGGUUUUAUUGAAGUUGACAAAGGACUUGAUUAGUUUCCACACCUAGAAACAAAGUUCAGUGGUUUGUGUAUCUUGAUAAGUUAUAUUGACACAAGCCAAUGCUUGUGUAGUGAAGCAUGGUGUGUACAAUAUCCCAGAAUCAAUCCUCCAGCAAGAGAAAGAGAUAUUGAGAUACUCUCUGGAGUCCAUAGGAAGCAAUGGUGAUGAUGAAAACAUAAAAAAAAUUAACUACUCAGGGAUCUUCCCAUCUAGCCAGAAUUCCACCAUCUGGAAUUGCUUUUUGAAGUGCACUAACACCUGUUGCAUCCAAAGGAUUGUGCCAGCAUCUCCAGUACCCUCUUCUUUAAUAACUGCUUUGGCACCAACAGGGAAGCAUCAUCCACAGAGUUUUCCUGGUGCCUUCAGCCUAAAUGAUGAGUACAAAUCAGGAGUGAUCCAUGAGAAUAAAAAGGUUUUCUAGAUACACUGACUGGUGGAUGGAAUGGACAAAAAUUAGGAAGAUUUUGUCAUGUAGUCUUUCAUAGUUUAAGGUGAUCAUUAUAUAUUAAAUUAAUGCAAUUACAGUGGACAAGGAGGGAUUAGAACAGGUUAGGGAUGGGCACCUGUACACUCAGAAAGGAAAGUUGGGAAGAUGUUAUUCCCAGAGAAAUUAAGUACAAGUUAUAAUUUUAGUUUACUAACUUUUGUGUGAAGUUCAUAUACAUGCAUGCAAUACUCAUGUUGAGUAAGAAAAAAAAAAGUAUUAUUUUAUGUAUGUUGAUGAAAUAGAGAAAAUGUCUUGGAAUUAUACAUGAAAGUGAAAAGAUAAUAUUCUUAUACAAAUCUGUAAAACCAAUAAAGAUUAUAUUAAAUCUGAAGAAAAUUUAGGCAUUUCCAUGCUGUUUUAUAAAGGACAUGUGAUCUUAAGUAAUUACAAAUGUAAUUUUU